AUGACUCAUGAAAGCAUGCCAUUGGUUUUUGUUGGCGGGCUGUGCUGCAAUGGAACAAUAGAAUACGAUGAGUUACAUACAGUGUUGAAGUCAUGUAUGGCAGAAAGUGCAAUUCAGCUCAGUGACGAAACUUUGCAUGAACUUACCAGUGUUUUGUUUCACGAGGCGGAUGAAGACGACAGCGGUUCCAUUACAUUCGAUGAAUUACAGAAUCAGCUCACCAAAUAUCCUGAUAUUACAGAAAAUUUAACUGUCAGUGCUGCAUCAUGGAUGCACCCGCCAGUGAAUCAGCAUUGGACUUCCAUCAUAUGGAAUUGCUCAGCCAAACGUUUCAGUAGAGCGUAUAUUCGCAACAACUUGCCAUUACUUGCGUUUGCUAUUAUUUACGUCUUUUUAAAUACUGCUCUCUUUUGUGAAGCUAAUGUAAAAACUAGAAGAACUAACGUCGGUUAUUUUUGGCUUUCCAUUGCAAAGGGAUGCGGCGCUUGUUUAAAUUUGAAUGGAACUAUAUUGUUAUUUUUAAUGCUGAGGAAAUUUUUGACACUAUUACGAGGAACACUUCUAUCACAUUAUCUACCAAUCGAUCAGCACAUUCUUCUGCACAAAACAGUAGCUUGUGUCAUCAUUCUACUUUCAACCAUCCACACCAUCUCACACAUCAUUCAUUUCCUUGAAAUGAGCAAAGAGGGCAACACUUCUCUCUCGGCAGUGGAGCACUUUUUAACAGUUAAGUCGAGAAUUGGAUGGAUUGCAGGAACGGCAAAUGUCACUGGCAUGUUACUUCUGGUAUUACUUAUCGUGAUAUCUACGUCCUCAGUAUCGUUGGUUAGGAGGAAAGGUUAUUUCCAAGUUUUUUAUUGGACGCAUCAAUUAUCACUCUUGUGGUGGCUACUUCUUAUGGUGCAUGCGCAGAAGUUUUGGAUGUGGUUUGUGAUUCCUGGAGUAUUGUAUGUCAUAGAGCGUGUACUCAGAAUGAAACUCGUUAGAAAAGCUAAGUUUGGGAGAAUUUUCAUUAACCAGGCUGUAGUUCUGCCAGACAAGGUGCUGCAUCUUGUGAUUCCUAGGCCAAAUAAUUUUAGCUUUCAGGCAGGUGAGUACGUUUACAUCAACAUACCAAGCAUUGCACAUCAUGAGUGGCACCCUUUUACCAUCAGCAGCGCCCCGGAACAGCAACGUAAGUAUUCUAUUCUAAUCAAUUUUAUUACCGGUACGCCGAGUCUGAAAAACGAUGGGUGCAAAGAAAUCAAUGAAACGAAUCAGAAAUUCUCCAAGGCAAAAACACCAAAAAAGUUACAAAGGAGACGCGUGACGCAACAUUCGUUGGACGUCGUAUUGGAUGGGGUAUCUUCAAGUGGCACAGAUAUCGAGGUUUACAUAGACGGUCCAUACGGAGCCCCAUCUCAGCAUAUAUUUCAAGCAGAGCACGCCGUGUUGAUUGGUGCCGGUAUUGGUGUGACACCAUUCGCAUCCAUUCUACAAAGCAUACAUGAACGCUACAAAGUGGCUAAACGAAUAUGUCCAAAUUGUAAAUACGCCUGGAUGGAAGACACUUCGUCAAUUAUGAGAUUAAAGAAGGUCGAUUUCAUGUGGAUUAAUAGGGAUCAAAGGUCGUUCGAAUGGUUCAUAAGUCUUCUGAAUCAAAUUGAAAUAGAACAACAGAUUAUCGAACCAACAAAUCGAUUCUUGAAUAUGCACCUAUAUAUGACGUCAGCGCUUCGUAUGAAUGACGUCAAAGCAAUCGGUCUACAAAUGGCCCUCGAUCUGCUACAUAAGAAAAGCAACAGGGACACAAUCACAGGUCUUAUGACGCGCACGCAGCCUGGUAGGCCUGAUUGGAACAAGGUGUUCACAAACAUUCGCAAUGCCCGGCAAGGAAAAGUUACUGUGUUCUUCAGCGGUGUACCAGAACUUGGUGAUGUUAUCUGUAAAAAGAGCUCACAAUUUGGAUUUGACUUCAGAAAAGAAAACUUCUAGAUCUAUCGGUGUAUAAUAAGAUUAGACUUCCGUACACUUUAGUUGGCUUAUUAUAUUUUAUUAUGAUUUUUGAUAUAUAAGAAACGCUAUUCGGUAGUUUUUGCCGCACGACGUUAACCUUAACUUUAACGUUAGUACUUAAAUACAACACGAUGGCUCCGCCCUUUUUUAAACAAAUCGAAAUACGCAUGCGCACACCCGUAACUAAGAUUCAAAGAUUCAAAACUUUUAUUCAUCCUCAGUAAGGAAAUUUCAUUGCUUGCAAUCGGAACAGUACGAUUUACAAAUUUAAUUUUAAAUUUAAAUUUCAUUUACAUUUAAAUUUAGUUUUUACGUACCUUUUUACGUAUCCUUAAAUCAACGUAGGCCUACUGCGCAACGGAAGAUAAAUAAAUUAUGACAUCAUCCCUUAACGUUAAGGUUAACGUCGUGCGGCGAAAACUACCUAAUAUCGCAUCGCAUUUUACUGCGUACAGUACCACAUAUGUGUUUCUGAUUUGGAGAAAGCAGUUGAACUUUCAUGAGAUUAUAAAUGAUUGACAUAGGCCAACCCAGCUUGUAAAAUGAGUACACGUCCGCAUGUAGAGAAGAGCUCAGUCGACAAGUGGUGGCCGAUGUCCCCGACGAAAAAAAAUAUCGGACGGUCGAGCAUCGCUCAAAUUCACUUGAAAUUGUUCUAGGGGCGCGAAGCCCCCAAAAUAUGACAAUUUAUGGGUUUCAAAAUCGUAUUUAAUCGGUUUUGUGGUCUUGCUACUGGAGUUUUUCCUGGCUGCCUUAAACAGGCUAUAAUAACUUCUUAAAAAACUAUUGACCUCUUUCCGAUCUUUCGUUUCGACUGUGAAAACGUUAAAAACCGUGUGAUUGUUAGUAAUUUAGGCCAACGACUACAAUAUUGCGUAUAAAAAGGCUCAUAACUUUGAAACUUCAUUAAUGAACGUUGAAGAUGCUAUAAUGAAACAUAUAUCUGCACAAUGGUGUAUUUUGAGUACCGCUUGAUCAGAGCAGUGCAAUUUCCCUUAGGUCGAAUUAUUACAUCAUUUACCUUAUCGUCAAUCAAUCAAUCAACUAGGAUUUGUAAAGCUCCAAUAUGUAAGGCAGAAUGCAAUGUUCAAGUGGCACUAUGACAAUGGUACCAUAUCAUAGCAUAUCAUUGUACAUCAGUUUUGAUCAUAAAGACCUUGGCAUUGGCUAUAAACAAACUCCUCAUAGCAUUUGUGCUCUUACGAAACGGAGGAGUGCAACAUAUUGAAAAUCAAUGGUGAUAAAACUGAAGUUUUUUGUUUGUUUUUGUUUGUUUGUUUUUUUUCCCAUGGGUCCUUUUUCUCGUGGGUCCUUAUUGGUAGGCGAAAAAUACAUUUCUCGUUCCAAUAAUGUGAAUAGACAUACUGUGAUUUCCAAAUGACCAGAUUGCCUAUAUUAAACCUCCCUGUUCCUGACAUGUCAGUUCCGUAACAUUUCCCGGAUAUGCAGGCUCUUCGAUUAAUACUGUCAUUUUGUCAUUCGGGCACUCAAGACUUGAUUACGAUAACGUCUACUCCUUGACUGGGCAGCUAUACUGUAGUUAAUUUGUCUUCACCUUGUUAAUACAUGAACUUCACUGACUUCCGAUCGAAAAUCGAAUCAUUUUCAAAAUCAUGGUUUUCGUUUUUAAAUCCAUCACUAACAUUUCUCCAACUUAACUUUCUAAUAGACUCGCCCUUCGUUAAAAAAGUCCUUGAUUAAAAUACUAAAAUCUGCUCAUUGCGGCUCUUUUUUUUUUAUUCCGCUACUCACAUUUGAAACAAUUGCCUAUUAAUGUCCGAUAAUGUUAUAUUUUAGGAACAAUUGAAACUUAAGCUUCCUUGGACUGUUUACCUGUUUACUUAUUUCUUCUUCAGCACCACGAUCUUAAUAUAUUUUCCCCAAAUAUUGAAAAUAUCAGUAGGGGGACAGUGUUGGUGGAGGCAACAUACCUUUUACACGACGCAACAAGUUCAAUCAAUUAGAUGCUUUAUUAACUACACAUUGAACAUGUUAAUGCCAUAACUUUUGAAUUGAAGGUAUUCCAAUAUGUUUGUGUUCAUUACUAAAUUGUAUAUAGAGUUGUUAUUCAAUUUUACAUUUAAAGAAAUACUGUAGUUUCUUUCCGGCUCGUAUAUAAUUAUGUAGUUUUUUAUAUUAAAAUUCACAUUCUAUUUUGCUGCCUAAUCAUGCAUUCGAGUGAGAUAAUUUUUUGUUCAGAAAUUUACCUGUCAGUACAAAUAUAAUUUAACGAGGUGACAUCAGCAGAUAGGCUAAUAUUACACUCAAUAUUGUCGGCAAUGUCAAUCACAAAAACAAUUCAUAAAAAAACGGCCCAAGACGAUCCUUUUGGUACUCCCGCUAUUGACAAUGAUUAAGUGACUUUGAAACCAAUGUCCGUUAGAAGAUUUUUGUGCUUAAAUCACUUCUUCAUUACAUUGUUCUAUUAUAAUAGAGCAACGUGUGAUUAUAAUAGAGGAAUGUUGAUUUUUUAUUUUAGUAUUAUAGACGCCAUGUAUGAUUUCUAUACCUGCCCAGUAGAAUACAGGAGCAAGUUCUCAUUGCCAAAAGGCCUGUUUACACUAUGACGAUAACGAUCAACGAUAAAAAGCUAUAAAGCAAUUGUUCAUAUAGAAAAUGAAAGAAAUAAUAAGUUUUAUCGUGCAUAAGAUAAAAAAUAUUUUCACAAAUCAAAUCAAAUCAAAUUAAGUCAUAAUCAUGGGAAACCGCUAAAAUCGUAGCAGUAAAAACGAUUUUAUCGUUUUCCCAUUAUUAUGACGUCAUUUGAUUUGAUUUGUGAAAAUAUUGUUUUAUCGUAUAAGCGAUAAAUCGUUAUCGAAUCUUGCUAGUGUGAAAACUAAUCUUAUUUCUUUUAUUUCCUAUAUAAACAAUUGCUUUUUAGAUUUUUAUCGUUGAUCGUUAUUGUCACUGUGUAAAUAGGUCAUAAGGAUGCCUCACAAACAAGAAAAAAAGAACAUUUACUAAAACAUCUCUUUAAAAAGGUAACUUUGUCAUUUAUUUUCAAUUCAAACUGAUCUGAAAUUUGAAAAUCAGUUAAAAUAUACACAGAAAAUGUUCACAUUACAAAUACAGUUCUUUAAAUUAAAAAGUUUAAGAUGGCAUGGGGAGUAUUUGUGCAUUGCUCUACCCAACAGAUUUGGUGUUUAUAAAAUUAUAGAU